ACGUCUAAAUAUGCUAUAUAUAGAUAUUUUCUUGCAAGUUAUAAGAUAAUUUUAUUCAAGUUCUAAAAAGAGAUACUUUAUCCUACAAUAACACAGCAAGUUAUCACUAAAUUGAACAUACCUUAUAAAAAGACUUUAAAUCCAAAUAGUUCAUAUUUUGCAAAAAAGAUAAUAUUUAUCCCUAACAUAAAUGCCAUUUUCUGUGAAGAAAAAACCCAUAUUAUUGUUAGCAAUUAAAAUACUAAUGGAAAUGGUAAACACACAAGAGGUGUAAGGUAUUGGAUCAUUACAUUUCAUUUCUCCCACAGGGAUCUUUCAUCUUGUGGAAACUAUCAACAAUCACUUUAUCAGUAAUUUUGUCCAGCAGUCCCUUUCCACGAAGAAAAUUAGGCUAUAUACUAAUGAUAGGGGAGAUGCUUCCUUGUAUCCACCGCCCGUUUAGCAAAAUCACCCAUUUUGUCCAAAGCAAGAAAUCCAUGUAUCAUGGAGUAUAUUAUCUAUGUAGAGACCAAGUUCACGCUCAAGAGUCACCAUAUUUUUGUGAUUAAAAUCAUCAGGAUAAAGCUUAGCUAAUUUCAACAACUUUUCCUUGUCAAAAUAACAAAGUAAACCACUUGGGCUCAAAGCAGACCUAUUGGUGGUGGUGUUGUCAUCUCUUUCUUUCUUUAUCAAAUACUUAUCCAUUAUCUUUCUUCCUCCCUGUCAAAUAAUUGAAGGACUAAUUGUAAAAAUUCACAGAGAAAGCAUGCUAUCACAAGUACUAUCAGGCCAGCACACAAGUACUUCUAAUAGAAUGGUUUGCCGGAUUGAAUUGCAUAGAGAAUUCCCAAACCCUACAAAUUAAGCUACUAUUAGUGUGCCACACUAAUCCUAUAAUUUAUUGUUAGAACCAACAGUACAUGUCUGCAGUCUGAUAGAGUACUAGUACGGACGGGAUUGCAUAUUUUCACUUGAUUUGACAGAAAACACAAAGAAAUCAACUGAAAAAUAAGGACCAGAGAGGUCCAGGCAAACCAAAUCGAGAAGUACCUGAGUUUCUGUUUACCUACGGCAGUUUAGGAGUUGGGAUGGGAUUGAGAUGAAUAAAGGUUGGGGAUGGGCACUUGAGCAGAGGUUGCUGCUGCUGCAGACCGGACCUACGUAGACUAGCGGUCGCGCCGCGGCUGCCGGUGGCCGGCGACCAGGCGGUGGGGCGGGCAUCGGCCGACAAGCGAGUGAGCAGCCACCGAGCCACGAUCAACCCAUCCUCGAAGCAGGUGUUGGGCGGUGGCUGACGGUUCGCUUCUUGGUUUAAUCAAUUUUCUUGCUAUUAAAUCUCCUAGAGAUUGAAGAGGCAAGCAGCAGCCAGCUUCUCCUCGCGUUUAUCGCUGUGUUGGAGGACAAACAUGCAUUUGGUUUGCUUUUUUUUUUAUGGGCUUUUGGAGAACGGCCGAAGGGAGUAGGGGCACCAGCUCUAGCCUGACUGGGGGCCUGCUGGCUGGCAUGAGACAUUUAUACCGGGACGACAGGAACUCGAGUGGGGUCCUGGGCCCCCACUCAUCUCAACUUGCGUCCGCCCCUGAUUGCAGCUACGAGCCAUUUCAUGGCAGUUGAAUCGUUGUUCUUCCUUAGAAAUUAAGUGGAGAAGAGAACAAGGAACAUUCUCGCAGCGCUGUAGUGGUUAGAUAAGCCUGCGGCAAGAGAUUCACAAUUUGUAUGUUGAUAACUUUUGGUUGUCAGAGCGUGGAUGCUUUCCUGUCACUGAUGACAGGUUUGUAGUGUUACAAGAUGUAGAUGGAGGGGUGGUAGGCGGCGACAAUGACAACCCGUUGAAAUUAGGGCUACAAGAAAAGCUCGAGGCUCAUGAGACGCUCGAGAUUGACUCAUUUUUUGGCUUCACUCGAGACCGAAUCGAAAGGAAAUGAGCUGAGUAUGAGCGUUUUAUGUAGCUCGCUCGAUUUUAGCUUGACAACUCGACAUAGUAUAACUAUGGAUAAUGAUCAUGGUAUAUAUUAGAAGGAAAUAGGAUACUUCAUUACCCUACGCCGUGUAUGUGAUUUUUCUUCCUAAUGUCUGCAAGCAAACAUGGAAGGUUAACUAAGAAGAUAGCAAAUUUAGGCAUUAAUAUGGUACGUGGUCAAGCCCUGGACUAAAUGUUUGUUCAUGUGGUCUACCUAGUUGAAAAAAUUGCCUUAGACUACAGAAUUUUCAUCGUCUUAGUUGGCUCGCAACUGGCUCGAGAUCGUUACUAGCUGAGUAUAAGCCAUUUCUAUGGCCCGGCCUUUAGCCCCACUCAAUAUGAGUUCUGAGCCCGCUCAAAUUUUAGUAUGAGCUGAGCUGAGCCUAGUGUCACUCGCUUGAAUUCAACUCAUUUGCAUCCCGAGUUGAAAUGUUAGGUUGGGUGGGUGCGACGGGGUAGGGUGAAAGGCAGCUACCCUCAGCAGGUGGUUCACGGGAGAAAGGGCGUGCACUCGUAAUAGGCCUCAGCAGUAAUUAGAGGUGGUAGCAUCCACUUGCAGGCCCCUUUUAACUUCCUAAGUGUAGGCUGUUUUGGCAAGAAUUUAUGGAUUACAUCUAUUGCGGGUAUGUUACCAAAGAGAACUUGUUUAGCGUCGUACCAUCUUUGGAUUUUCAUCAUAUAGGACACUAAAUUAGAGAAAAUACUAGGACAACAAUUCAGGCUAAUAUAACCCUAGUUGAGGGUAAUACCUGGCAUCUGGGAGUGUUGAUAACUUUUUAGUAGCAGUGUAUUCUGCGAGAAUGUGAAGAAAAAAUGACAGCUCGUACUUAGAAAAUUAAAUUGAAUAAUUUAGAAGUUAAAUAUAACUGUGCGUAUGGCAGGCAACUCGUUAUUUCGUCCUGAUUACUUCAGUCACGUGCAGUCAUAAGUGGUAUCUUAAUUAUAGUUGCCAAACAGAAGAAAAUUGGACAAUAUACCAUGUCACUCUAUAGGAUAAUAAUUGUGUCAAGUUUACAUCAAAACUAAUUGGACAUGUUCUUUUAUAUUCAUGGAACUUCUAGCCCAAGAAACUGUGGACCAGAAAAGCACAAUCAUAAAUGUUAUUUCAAGUUUGUUAUUGUUUCAUUUUUGCAAUGAUUGAAUGGCGCAAUCUAUUGCAGCUGUUACUGUUCCUUUUCAGAUUUAUUUGGCCCAAUCUUCUAGACGUACCCUGGUGAUUUUAUUUUAAUCAUGUAUGGACAGCUUUGUGAGUUUUAGUGCCAUAUCAGGUAUGAUGUAAGUUUGUGGUAGGCUGCAAAAGAUGAAAUCAUGGUUAGCAUUAAGACUACCCACAGUGGGAGUAACAUGAGUGGUAACAUCACACAUAUCUAUGUAAAAUAGAUGAUGUGGCAGCUAAUUAAUGAGGAGAGAGACAAAUUGAGUAACAUCACACAUACGAAGACAAGAUGAGUCUACAACAUAAUAAAUGAAGUGUUGCAUGACACCACACAUAUGUUACUCCCCACUAUAGAGGUAGUAACGUAUUUUAUGUUUAGUCUCCACUAUGGCUAGUCUAACACAUUUUAUGUUUCUGGAGUAAGCGACUUCUCCCAGAAUCCUUUGCCCUCCUAGAGUCGUAGUAUCCCUCUUUACCCUCUGGCCUAUCCCUACCAUGUUUUAUCCAAACAUGUUGUUCUUGCCCUACCUUCAUGCUGCACUUUAAUUUAUUCCAAUGUCAGACUAGGGAUUUAUUCCAGGUAAAUACUUUAUUAACGGUGUGAGAUUAGUUUGUUGCUACAUCUGGGAUUAUUUGUUGUCCCGAUUUUUCAAAUAAUGAUGUUGUCUUUGCACCAUACCUGGAGCAUUUUGUGAAUUUUGUGAUGGACCUACUGCUACGUCUCUGAUGAGUGGCAACCACCGUGUUUCCGAUGGGAGUUCGAUGAUUGGAGGUAGAAAUAUAGAUAAGAAUUGGGGCAAAAAUAUAGGUUUUGCUUUACUUGUGCCUCCCUCUUGUGUGUGCUUGGUUGCUGGGUUACAUAGCUACUUUAUGCCAUUACUCUCAGAGAUGCAUGACUAGAAUUGAAGGGUGAAAUGAGUCUAAUACAUCAGGACGUUAUAUUUACCAUUCCUGAGCCCAUAAGGUUAGUAGUUGAACUCAAUUAGUUGACCUAAUCCACCUGUGCAAGAGCCCCACUUACCCAAAAAAGCUUUCGCCCCGCUUUAUAAAUAAAGCAAACGCAAGAGCCCCACUUUAGCCUGACUCUCUUAUCGCUGGCUACCGUUGCUAGACCGCCACUCUAUUGCCUGAUGUUGAGUAGCAUCCAUGCCAAAUUUGUGUGUGUUACUUCUUACCAAUUGCAGAUAAUAUUGACUUACCAUCGUAGAAACAGUAAUAAUAGUUGGUCAACCAUUACAUCUGGAGCGGGCAAAAACGAUGAUACCAGAUACAUGAAAAAUCCUAGCCUCCCCAACCGCUUCCGGUGGAGGUCGACCCCGCGAGGCCAGCUGGAUGGAGUCCAGCCCUUCCUUUGCUGGCUCUGGCGGCCUCCGUGGUCUGUCGUUUGCGAGGUCCUAUGCAGAGAGGAUCUCACGUCUCCCGAGCCAGAUUCUCACACCGUGGCCCCUCGCCGCGGCCUUCGCUUCGAGAUCCAUUGGUUUCCGCCGCAUGAGGAGCCCACACCCCCCUUGGGAGAUGGUGCGCAACUGCCAGCCACGACGACCUGUGAGUGCUACCUCAUUGCUAGCUUGGAGCGCAGCGCUCUGCCGCUCCUUCCCUGCCAUCCUCGGGUUGAGUGCGGGCAUGAUGUGCGUUGCAAGCGCUGCUGCUUCUAUGUUCAUAUUGCCCGGGCCUGCAUGCUCCCACGCACCUCCUCCUAGCGCUUCCACGCGGGCCAAGCGCCCAUGCUCGCAUUCAUCCGGGUCAUCUGCGUCUAGUGCGGACCCGCCCACGCCACUACAUCCGGGGUAGGACCCAGCAGCCCCAUGCCCCUGGGUCUGAGUCCGUGCCUCCCUCACCCCUUGGACCGCCGUAGUCAGGAUCUUCCAUCUUGCCUCGUUUGUUCGUGUCCACCUCCAAGGCACUCUCGUCCCGUCGCACAGUCACAACCAUGUCCGGCCACCCUUGUCUUCGCCUUUCGAGAGUGUUAUGCUUCCUCCCACGCUUUUCGGAUAUUGUGGCGGCCGAGGUCUCCCUCCCGCGUGUGCUGCUCACCAUGGUUGCGGCCGAUAACGUUCGCUCGCCGUGUUUCCGCCUCAUCCUCCACCCCUAGAGCCGUCUGGCCGGCGAUGAGCCCAUCCAACUCCUCUUCAAGGUCCCCCACCACUGGAGCCGUUUGGCGAGCCUCAAGAAGGUGACUCGCAUUAUUAGGGACUUCCUUUGGCAUGACCGGAAGGAGGCUAGUGCCGGCAAUUGCUUCGUCACUUGGCCUAGUGUGUGCCUCCCUCUCGCUCUUGGAGGCCUUGACGUCCGUGAUCUUCUACGCACUGGGAUCGCCCUCGAUGUGUAGCGGUGCCUGCAGAAUGUCACUCUUUCAUCUGUGUCGGAUACCAUUCAUUGGCGCUGGACUGACAAUGGAGUCUACACUGCCAGAUCGUGCCACCUUGCGCUGUUCAAUGGCUCCAUCCCUGAUCCACAUUGGUGGCUAACUUGGAAAAGCUGGGCACGACGAGUGUCAAAUUCUUCUUAUGGCUUGCCGAACAGGACAAAUGUUGGACAGCUGAGGACUUGGCUCGCCGAGGUCGCCGAGGCCUCCCUCACUCUUCAUGCUGCAUGCUCUGCGAUCAAGAGCCCAAAACCAUGCACCGCCUCCUCGUGGGUUGCGUGAUCUCCUGCCAAGGCAUCAAAUCCUGGCGUGGUGCGGCCUGACCACUACUUCACCGGACGGCUCCAAGUGCUUCCUUAACUGGUGGGCAUCGGCGACAAAAUCAUGCCCUCCGGGCCUCUGCAAAGGUCUAACCUUGAUCAUCGCUCUCUGCACUUGCUCUAUCUGGAAACAUCGCAAUGCCUGCACCUUUGAUAACCGACAACUGUUCCUCCCGAACCUGGUACACUAUCCAGGACGAAGCACUCACGUGGGCGAAGGCAGGUGCCAAGGGCCUGAAUAAUCUGAUCCCUGUAACGUAGACAUGUAUGCUAUCGGGGCUGAGCAACCCCUCUUCGUCUUCUGCUCCUGUGCAACUUCCUCCAUGCCUCUGUGUAUGUGGCUAGGAGGUUGCCCACACUGUAAUUUCUCACCCCUCUAUAAAUGGAAUGAUACACACCGUGCGUAUUUUGCGGAAAAAAAAUCAGUAGCAUGUAACACUAUAUGCUUGCAUGGUUUUCUGUUGGAAGGAGGAACAGCGACGGUGGUAAUCCGCAUCUACCCAACCAUAUAUCAUCCUCCCUCUCAUUCAUUUUAUUAGCCCCAUCCUAUAAUAUCUUCCAGCGUAGAGGUUCUAAAAAAACCUAGACCAAUAGAUGUGAAUAUUUACCCGUAAAAUUCCUCUUUUUUCCUUAGUUCCACAUUAAUUAGUGAGAAACCAUACAUGCAUGUCUGCAUGUGCACUUAGCAUUAGUUGGUGAGAAACCAAAUCAUCAAGGACCAACGGAGAGGAUGGCUGCACAGGCAAGGAGGGAACUAAUAGUGGUGGGCUUAGAAAUUGAAAUAACCAAAAUUUGGAGAUGAGACCAGAAAAAUGGAUCGGAGGGACCUAUCUGCAUGCCCCACAGAUUUGCUAGCUAUUCACUGGAAUCGGAGGAUUGGACUACAUUAGGUUUGAGGGUCGGCUUUUUAAGUAUACCUGCAGUAGACCGAUGACUCCAAAAUGGAGUGAGUGCCCUUCAAAUAGUCACAGAGAACUAUCUUUGCAUGAAAAUGAAAAUAAGGAUGGCAAUGUUUAUAAAAGGAGAAAGAUGGAUAAAGAUUCAAAUUCCCUUGUAGCAGAUGAAGAAGUCAAAGAACUGACAAUUCAAAGUUGCACUACCUCUGAAGAUCACUCUUCACUACUGCUCCUUGUUAUGAAUCCCUCAUAUCCAGUAUUUUCAAAUUUGACGGCAGGUAAGAUAGACCCUGUCGUAGAGCUUGAAGAGCCUGCUGGAGUUUCAUUGGAGCCAAAUUCUGGUGUGAACAAAAGAUGUUCAGUGUCAAGUAUGCCACCAUCUUCCGUUAUACUAGACAAAAAGGAUGCUUCUGUACGGUCCUCAUCAAAUAUACGCCCUACAGAAUCGAUAACAGAGCUCACAUCAGCAAGGGAUCUAUGCAUUGCUAUACUGAGGAAAGAUGGACUCAUAACUGAGUCACAAACUAGAAUCAUUUCAGAGGAAUCCACUGAUUGUAAUGCCAACCACUUGGUGACAUGCAAUACUUGUGGAAGCUUGGAUGUUCCACUAAAGAUGCUUAUAUGUGAUUCUUGUGAAGCAGCAUUCCAUUUGCCUUGUUGCAUCCCUUGUAUUAAGGUGGUACCAGCUGGUGAAUGGUAUUGUCAGCCAUGCUUGAAGAAGAAACCUAAGAGUCUUUAUGGUCAACUGUUAGAGGGCAAGGUCAGGUCUUCUGGGAAUAUGGACCAAAGGCCUCAUGGCAUGAGUCAUAUAGAGUACAUGUUCAAAGAUGCUGAAUCAUACGUUACUGGGGUUCGACUUGGUGGAGAUUUCCAAGCUGAAGUGCCAGAAUGGUCUGGUCCCAUUUCCAGUAGCGAUGGUUAUUUCACAGCGCCCUCUGAAUUUGAUCCUGCUGAACUCAUGAAACUGAAUUUCUGUUCAAAGAAUAAUCACAACAAAUCUUCAAGUUCAACUGGUAAUUGGGUACAAUGCCGUGAGGUCUUGAGCACAGGAGAUCCUAACAAGCCAGUAAUCUGUGGCAAGUGGAGAAGGGCACCCCUAUAUGUUGGUCAGUCAGAUGAUUGGGAUUGUUUUUGUUGUCUUCUCUGGGAUCCAGCUCAUGCUGAUUGUGCUGUUCCACAGGAGUUGGAUACAGAUGAAGUCUUAAAGCAGCUGAAGUAUGUAAAUGCGGUGAAGAAUCGGCUGGCUGACCGUAAGCAUAAGCCUGCUUAAAUGCAAGGAUGGCACAGUCGUGAAAUACCUCACAAAGGAUGUCAUGUAGUGAGCCAUCUGUUGUCAACACAAUCUGUUGGUGACUCUUCAUUUAAUUGACCAUAGUCGUCCUCCCCCUUUCAGUUGCCCACAUAGGUUUUGAUCCAAAAGAAUUUUACAAAAUGUUAACGCAGUUUUCGCAGCAGUGUACCGCUACUGAUUUCAGCCGUCACUGCCAAACAAUCUGCACCCAGUUUUGUUCGAUUUGACUUUUGGAUGAGAGGGGGCCAGCUAGCUAUGAUUGUCGUUCUACAAUUUUAUUUGAUGUUUGUAUCUUAAGAGGGGACCAAGUUGGAUUCCAUUUUGUAAUGCCUGUCAGUCACGUGUUUGCAGAAUCUGUAGAUAUUGAGUUCGACCGUGCCCCAAAGAACUGACAUUCUGCAUCGGCA